GAAAAAUAACUUAACUGUGAAAUUUACCUACCGUAAAUAUUUCAUUUCCUAUCUGUGCUGCUGCUAAUUAAAAGGCCAUCUGAUCUAACUGUUUACAACGCCAUAUUCAACGCCUUUCCAUAGUAGAAAACGGUUGAAAACUGAUGUUUGUUACAGCAAAUAAAAAUAUAGAUCUUGUAAAUUAAGCCCGCCUUCAGGAAAAAAGUUGGCCAAUCACCGUCCAGGGCAAGAACUUCCGCCACACGGACGGAGCAUGUUCCAUUGUACCGAGCAGUUCUAAAACAGUGUCGCAGUUUUGGAGGUGUCAACUGUUAGAAUUCCGUUAAAGUUGCUUUGAUUGUGGUGACCAGUCGUCGCUACUUAGUGAAGAAAUCAGAUGAGGUCGUUGACGACAGAGUAACGGGCGACUGCAGGGACAGAGUGCGGUGGUUCUCACCGAAGAAAUUCCAUCCAGCUUCAGCAGCGGCUCUUCCACCUUCUUCCGCCGGUUAGCACCGUAGCUAAACAGCGUUAGCCGCGGUUUGUUUUAACUCCCGUGAAUCCGAUGAGUGGAAUGUUUUUAACCCGGAGGCAUCUCAGUUCGAGUCGGUCAGAAACACAGACGACGACGAAGGCUGUUAGCUCCGGGAUUAGCCGCUAAGCCGAGUUAGCUACUUGGCUAGCCAACUGUCGGGUCGCCUUGUAUAAAAACAAACAAACAAAAAAAUAAAACAGCACAACGUGUAGUCAGGUACAAACGUUGUUCUGGUUAAUAUUUAUUGCUUGGACUUGAAUUUCACCGCAACCGCGCAGAAUGAAUGGGUUCAGCACAGAAGAGGACAGCCACGACGGCCCGCCGGCUCCACCGUUUUACGGCCAGAGCUGCUGUCUGAUCGAGGACGGGGAGCGCUGCGGCCGCUCGGCUGGAAACGCCUCCUUCAGCAAGAGGAUUCAGAAGAGCAUAUCGCAGAAGAAGCUGAAGCUGGACAUCGACAAGAGUGUGCGACAUCUCUACAUCUGUGACUUUCACAAGAACUUCAUCCAGAGCGUCCGCAACAAGAGAAAGAGGAAGACGAGUGAUGAUGGAGGGGAAUCCCCUGACCACGAUGUGGAAGUGCCUGAGGUGGAUCUGUUCCAGCUGCAGGUGAACACGCUGAGACGCUACAAGCGACACUACAAGCUGCAGACCAGACCUGGUCUCAACAAGGCCCAGCUGGCAGAGACCGUGAGUCGUCACUUCAGGAAUAUACCUGUGAACGAGAAGGAGACGCUCACCUACUUCAUCUACAUGGUGAAGAGCAGCAAGAGCCGCCUGGACCAGAAGGCCGACGCAGGCAAACCGCUGGACUAAGCUUCCCUCUGCCGUAACCCCAGCAACAGCUCCACACCAAACCUGGACACCACUAUCAGCAGCAGCUCCCCUUCCCACUGUCGGACCAGAACCUUUGCCGUCCUGUCAGGACGUUAAACAGAACUGGAGGAGACGUGGAGAAACGACGAGUUCACUUUCUCGCCGUCACUGAACUCUCCAUAAAGUCUGUGGAGAAACAGGGCUCAUUGCGGAGAUUUACGUCGUAAUACUGUAAAAAAACAAAACAAAAAAAAAAACAAUACAGCAUCUGAUCUGAAAUAACUCAGCUGACUGAAAUGUACAAUAUUGCUGCCUUAAGAGUUUAAAAAAGGAGAAACAAAAAACA